AUGUCCGAGAUUGUGUUGCGCGAUGCGCGCUACUCAGAGUUACCUGAAAUUGCCCGCGUGAUGGCAAAAGCAUUCUGGGAAGAUAAUUUGUUUGGCCAGCUCAUCCACCCUCAUCGAAACGAGUAUCCAGACGAUGUGCACUUGUACUGGCUGCGGCGGGCUCGCGUCAACUUCUGGGACCGUCGCUGGCGAUGGCUGGUUGCCGUGAACAAAGAUGAGACUGGCCGUGAGGUUAUAACUGGUAUUGCGCAAUGGGCGAGAUUGGGCGAUGGUGGCAAGAAGUUGGAGCGAUCGUACUUGGAUCCUCGGAAUUUGCUGAAGCCUCUGUCUUCUAUUGCCAUGACAAUUCAUGCUUGGUUGUGGCCCAGUCGUGCAAGUGACCCUGUGCAGGAGAACAUUGUGGAGCGAUCGUACCCUUAUUUUGACGCAAUCUGGAGCGGCAAACGUGCUGAAUCGUGGUAUCUUGAAGGAUUAGCAGUGCGACCGGAUUUCCAGGGCCAAAACAUAGGUCGGAAACUGACACAAUGGGGUCUCAAGCAGGCUGAAACUGAGGGAGUCUGCGCGUCUGUAGUUAGUGCUCUGGGCAAAGAUGGAUUUUACAUGAAAUGCGGAUUUGAAGAGCAACACGGAAACGCCACACAUGGUGAAGGAAAUCCAUUGGCAGGUGUUGAGGGUGCCAAUAUAUAUUGGAAAUGGCCCAAGACGGACUCAUAG